AGUGAAUUCAGUUCUCCAGUAUAAAUCCUUGUGUAGUGGCAGUGGCACACAUUCCCAGCACUCGAGAGGAAAACAGUGGCAGCAUUAGAAAAUGCCAAGGUGAAUCACAACUCCCAGAAUUUCAUUCAGCAUGAUGAAGGAUGUCGAGUCAUACAAAGUAUACAAUUAAAGCCAGGUUCUAGAUGAAGAAUAUCUAAUGAGUUAAAGGAUGGAGAUAUAAAAGCUGAGAGAAGAAAACAGUGCUUUUCAAAACUGCCCUCUUACUUUCUGAAAGGAGUGACUUGGUGAUGGAGUAUUCUCGUUGACUGAUGGACUCAAAAGAAGAAAGUUCUGCAGACCAAGAAGGUGAGAGAGGUCUGGCCUAUAUAUGGCAGGCUGGUUGCACUUGUCCAGCCCCAGAAAGACUUCCAGGUUGGAGUGCAAAGACAGUAUUGCAAGCAGCACUUGGCGUAAACCAUGGUGUGCUUCUAUCAGAAGGUGGUGAGGUUUACAGUUUUGGGAAACUUCCAUGGCGGGUUGGGCUGGAAGAUACUUAUAUCAGUUGUCCCAUUUUGGAAAAGAUUUUAAGUGGUCAACAUGUUAUUAUGGUGGCAGCUGGCAGCUUUCACAGUGGAGCAGUUACUGAAGAUGGUGUCGUGUACAUGUGGGGGGAAAAUUCUUCUGGGCAAUGUGCUGUGGCCAACCAGACUUCUGUGCCAGAACCAAAACCAGUCAGUAUUUCAGAUUCUGAAACUAAUCACCUUCUGCCAAUACGGAUUUUGCAGCUGGCAUGUGGAGAGGAACACACUCUGGCUCUUUCACUAAGCAGGGAGAUAUGGGCAUGGGGAAGUGGCUGUCAGCUUGGCCUUAUAACCAACACUUUCCCAGUGACCAAACCUCAAAAAGUUGAGUACCUGGCAGGGCGAGUUGUACUUCAGAUUGCUUGUGGGGACUACCACAGCCUGGCUCUUGUUCAGUGCCUCCCCAUCCAAGAUGUAAAACCCAUCCCAGAGAGAUGCAAUCAUUGCAGUCAGCUCCUGAUUACCAUGACUGACAAAGAAGACCAUGUCAUCAUUUCAGAUAGCCACUGCUGUCCUUUGGGAGUAGUUCUGACUGACUCCCAAUCAGAAAACCACCUUUUUUGCUCCUCGCUAGAAACUCUUGGUGUGAAGAGUACAAUCAGCAGCCAAAAUGAGGAUUGUCAGAAAACUGUUACAGAAGACCAGACACUUGCGGUUACAGAUUAUGAUGCAGCUAGUGUUUUUUCAAACAGUGAUGGGCAGGAAGACAGUGGCAUUUCAUGUCCAGGAAAUCUUUUGGUAACUGACAAAACAGCAGUGAACCAAGAUCCUGUGAAUCUUUCAGAUCAUUCCCUGAAUGACAGCGGGGAGAAGCAAAGUGAUCCACAACCUGAACAGCAUUCUCAACAAGAAGAUCUCAUUGCUUGCCUGCCCACUCCAUCUGGACCAGGUACAUCUGCCCUUAAUAGCCUAGUAGCCUCCUGUGCAUCAGCAGUUGGUGUAAGAGUAGCUGCCACGUAUGAAGCUGGGGCCUUAUCUCUGAAGAAGGUAAUGAACUUCUAUGGCACAGUUCCGGGUGACACUGUUUCCCCAUCUAGUGGUUGUUCCUCAGGCCUGGAUGGACUAAAGGAUAGCAGAGAGGAGCAGGUCAAGCUGGAAUCGAUGCAAGGGAAAAAGAGUUCCAGCUUGGUAGAUAUUCGAGAAGAGGAAUCUGAAGGAGUCUCUAGAAGACUUUCCUUACCUGGUUUGCUGUCUCAAGUUUCUCCAAGGCUCUUGAGAAAGGUAGGAAGAGCCAAAAUGAGAACUGUGGCCCUCACACCAACCUAUAGUGGUGAAGCUGAUGCACUUCUCCCAUCUCUGCGAACUGAGGUGUGGAGUUGGGGAAAAGGAAAAGAAGGACAGCUAGGACAUGGCGAUGUCUUGCCAAGGCUGCAACCAUUGUGUGUAAAAAGUCUUGAUGGUAAGGAAGUAAUACAGUUGUCUGCCGGUGGCCAUCAUUCCUUGGCCCUCACUGCCAAAUCACAGGUAUAUUCAUGGGGCAGUAAUACCUUUGGACAGCUUGGUCACUUAAGUUCACCAACCACAGUUCCUCGUCUUGCAAAGGUGUGUAGUGACAACAACAUCUGGAAUAUAGCAGCAGGUCCAGAUUAUUCACUCUUUCUGAUAGAUGGAGAAGAUUUUCAACCCUCAUUGUAUUAUAGUGGUCGAGAAGAAAAAGGAAAAGAUGACUUUUCAUCUGAAGAAAGCUGCUUCAAGAGUCCAACGCUGUUGCUGAACUGUAAUAAGCUAGGGUAUAUUAGCAGUAUGGCAGCAGGUGGAAGCAACUGCCUGGCUUUAGCAGACAAAAAUAUUAUGGGAUAUAUUGCUAGCCUGCAUGAGUUGGCUUCGAUGGAAAGACAGUUUUACUCCAAACUGAGUGCUAUAAAAUCUCAGGUUCUCAGGCCCCUUCUGGGAUUAGAUAAUUUAGGUGCUGCCUCAACUGUCCAACUCUUGCAGGAAAUGGCAAGUAAAUUUAGCAAGUUGUGCUACUUGAUUGGUCAACACGGAGCCUCUUUGACUAGCUUUCUUCAGGGAAUAAAAGAGGCAAAGAACUUGGCUAUCCUGAAGCAUUCAAGACUUUUUUUGGAAAGUUACACUGAGUAUUGCACUUCCUUGACAAAUUUUCUGGUGAUGGGAGGAUUUUCCCUUCUUGCCAAACCAGCAGUGGAUUUCUUAAGUAAAAACCAGACAUUACUUCAGGAUCUGUCAGAGACAAAUGAGGAAGCUUACCCAUUAGUGGAAGUACUAAAUGCUCUGUUCUUCUUGCCAUUCAGACGACUUCAUAAUUAUGCUAGAGUUUUGCUAAAACUUGCUACAUGUUUUGAAGUGACAUCUCCAGAAUACCAGGGUCUUCAGGAUUCCAGUUCUUGUUAUGAAGCCCUGGCUGUCCAUCUCAGCCGAAAAAGAAAAGAAGCAGAAUAUACACUGGGGUUCUGGAAGACCUUUCCUGGAAAAAUGACAGACUCCCUGAGGAAACCUGAGCGGCGAUUAAUCUGUGAAAGCAGCAAUCGAGCACUGUCUCUGCAGCAUGCGGGAAGAUUCUCAGUGAACUGGUUCAUUCUCUUUAAUGAUGCCUUGGUCCAUGCUCAGUUCUCAACCCAUCAUAUUUUUUCCUUAUCUACUUUGUGGGUCGAACCAGUUUCAGAAGAGUCUGGUAAUAUGAAUGGUUUGAGAGUCACUACACCUGAAGAACAGUUUAUUCUUGUUUCAUCAACUCCACAAGAAAAAACUAAGUGGUUGAGAGCUAUAAGUCAAGCUGUGGAUCAGGCCUUAAAAGGGACAUCUGACUUACCACCUUAUGGGGGUAGUGGAAGCAUUCAGAGGCAAGAACCUCCUAUCUCACGGAGCGCCAAGUACACCUUUUACAAGGAUCCUCGGCUUAAAGAUGCCGUUUAUGAUGGUCGCUGGCUUUCUGGAAAACCACAUGGCAGAGGAGUCUUGAAAUGGGCAGAUGGAAGGAUGUAUUCUGGCAUGUUCAGAAAUGGUCUGGAAGAUGGCUAUGCCACUGGAGAAGUAUAUGAAGGGAGCUUUCAGGAUAACAUGCGUCAUGGCCAUGGUCUCCUGCGCAGUGGCAAACUGACUUCUACCUCUCCCAGUAUGUUCAUUGGCCAGUGGAUGAUGGAUAAGAAGACUGGAUAUGGAGUAUUUGAUGAUAUCACAAGGGGAGAAAAAUACAUGGGAAUGUGGCAAGAUGACCUUUGCCAAGGCAAUGGCGUUGUAGUUACCCAGUUUGGACUGUAUUAUGAAGGAGCCUUUAACAACAAUAAAAUGAUGGGGUCUGGUGUCUUGCUUUCUGAAGAUGAUACAGUAUAUGAGGGAGAGUUUUCAGAUAACUGGACCCUUAAUGGGAAGGGAACACUGACUUUGCCAAAUGGAGACACUAUUGAAGGUACUUUCAGUGGUGAGUGGGGAUCCGGAAUAAAGAUCACUGGGACAUACUUCAAACCCACUUUAUAUGAUCAUGAGAAGGAUCGACCCAAAAGACUGCGGAAGCUUGGAAACCUUGCUGUUCCUGCUGAUGAGAAGUGGAAGGCAGUGUUUGAUGAAUGCUGGCAUCAGUUAGGCUGUGAACAAGCAGGCCAAGGGGAUAGGUGGAAAGCCUGGGAUAACAUUGCUGUUGCCCUGACAACAAAUCGACGUCAACACAAAGACAGUCCAGAGCUGUUGAGCAGAUCACAUACUCAAACCCUGGAGAGCUUGGAGUUCAUUCCACAGCACGUUGGUGCCUUCACACUGGAAAAAUAUGACAGCAUUAAGAAAUAUCUCAUAAAGGCAUGUGAUACCCCUCUUCAUCCUUUGGGGAAACUUGUUGAGACCUUAGUAGCAGUAUACCGGAUGACAUAUGUAGGAGUGGGUGCCAAUCGGCGGCUGUUGCAGGAAGCAGUCAGGGAAAUUAAAUCCUACCUCAAACGCAUCUUUCAGUUGGUCAGAUUCCUGUUCCCUGACCUUCCUGAAGAGGGCAGUACAAUUCAGUUUUUAGUGGCUGAAACCAAGGGAAGAAGAUCAUUCUGUAGUGGGAGAAGUGACUCUAGACCUGAUUCUCCAGAGCCAGGUUAUGUGGUCACAAGCUCUGGGUUGCUACUUCCGGUAUUGCUACCACGACUCUACCCUCCUUUGUUUAUGCUGUAUGCUUUGGACAACGAACGAGAGGAAGAUGUUUACUGGGAAUGUGUUUUGCGUCUCAAUAAACAACCAGACACAGCACUCUUGAGCUUUUUGGGAGUACAAACGAAAUUUUGGCCAACGACUACAUCUAUCCUUGGGGAAAAUAAAAAGGUAUUGCCAAAUACAAAAGAUGCCUGUUUUGCUUCUGCAGUGGAAUGCUUACAACAGAUCAGUACAACUUUUACACCUGCCGACAAACUGAAGGUGAUCCAGCAGACCUUUGAGGAGAUCUCCCAGAAUGUACUUGAGAAUCUUAAUGAAGAUUUCCUUUGGUCCAUGGAUGAUUUGUUCCCUGUUUUUCUCUAUGUGGUGCUACGAGCCAGGGUAAGAAAUCUGGGAUCUGAAGUACACUUGAUCGAGGAUCUAAUGGACCCAUUUCUUCAGCAUGGAGAGCAAGGCAUUAUGUUUACUACUUUGAAGGCAUGUUAUUACCAGAUUCAACAUGAAAAGCUGACCUAAAUCAUUUGUCUAAUUAUGGAAGACUCUUUUGAACAGAACUUUUCUCCUUCCCUGAAAUCACUUAAAAUGAAGAGAAAAAUCAUCAUGUUGUGGAUGUAAUUCCUGUAACUUCUUAAAGUGCAGAAAAAACAAAGCCCUGCGAUCAACCAAAAAGGAAAGAGAUAGAGGAUGCUUUGCAGGGCAGCUGAAAAGAAAGAAUUAUGUUUAGCAUGGGAUCUACAUGAAAUUCAUGUAAAAGUAUAAUCCAGGCAUGUGCUCCUUACAUUGGGGAGAUGGUCAGUUUUGUGCUUUUUGAAGGAUUGAACUCAACUAUAGAACCACUCAGUGUCUUUCUGAAGUAAACUGCCCAGGUGUGUGCAUUUCUAUGAAAAAAGCUGUGGUAUUUCUUGCUCGUAAAGCCUGUGAAAUCCUUUUCUGUAUGUAAGAUUAUAAACAGAUGCUGCAAGUGCUGCUA